AUGUAAAUAUUACCACCAGCUGAUAGAGUCUUACAUUAUUAAGAAACAAAGAGCUGGUUUAAUUCUAGACAUUCAUUUAAAGUAAAGGAGAAAUAUAGAAAGACAGAGAAGGAAUUAUUUGAUGAUGAAGUAGUUACAGAAACUUUUCAUUUGAUUGAUAGAGAUCACUCAAGUAUAAAAUUAGAAAAAAUGUUUAAGAUACAAUAGAGAUGGAUGAACUGUUUUCUAUGUUGAAAAAAAACAAUUAUCCUGUAAAUUUGAAACUUUUGAAGGCAUUUUUUGAAAUGACUGAUCGUGAUGGGAAUAGUAAAUUUCUAUAAAUAUACAAUAAGAAUGCAUUGAUUUAGAUGAGUUUAAAUAGGUUAUUAAAGAUGAAGGAACUUCUUAAAGUAAUAUAAUGAUUAAGAUUAAUAUAGCAUUUAGAACAUUAAUGAGAAAGAUGAGAGAAAUAGGAGAUGAGAAUUAUUAUUCAACUGAUUUUGUAAAUUUACUGAGAUAUUUGUCUUAUUGUGCAAAUCGUACAGAUUUGAUAUGGCAAAUAAAAGUAUUUAUUCAUCUUUAUAUUUAUAUCAAUAAUACAGAAUACACGUCUAUCAUUCGAAUAAAGAUCUAAGUUAGUAUCAGAAUUAUUUAAAGUGAAUUAAUAAUUUACAAAGAUAUCAAAUCCUAAGGAGGAACAAAUAUGUACAUUGAGACCUUUUAUGAAAAAGAAGAGUUAAGGUGAAAUCAAAUAUCUUACUCCAAUAAACAAAAAGCCUCGUAUAAUAACUAAUAUGUCUACUAAAACUAGAAUAAGUACCAGUAAUCAAAAUUCAAUAUUAUCUUUCGAUAUAAAUAGUAUUUCAUCACCAAGAAUAUCUCCAUUAAAAACAGAAAGAUUUGUAUUUAAAAAGUGGAUGAAUUUAACACCAAGUCCAUCCACUAAAACAACUUUAUAUUCGAC